AAGUAAACUUCCAAGAAACAACACAACAAUCACUAUCCCUUGUUCUCUAAGCUUUGACCAACCAAUAAAAUCUUAAGUAAUUUUCAUAAUAUAAAACAAUAAAACUCAGGAACUCAAGAACAUCAUAAAAUAGCAAAGAACCAACCCAUCUUUGGCCUCAAUGGCAUCAUCAUCAUCAUCUUCUCCACUAAAAUUCAUAGAGAAGGCUCUUCUUGCAACUGGUCCAUUUGCUCUUUCCUACACCGAUCCAGACCAGAAAUGGGUCAUAAGAAAGCAUCUAACUUCGUUCCUCCAAGACUUCUCAAACUUCGACCUCUCUACUGAUACUUUCAACCACAACAACGGAACCACAGUUCAACUCUUUCGUCUUGAUGGCUCUCUACGUACUCCUCAACAAAGCAAAGCUGUACAGUUGACUAUUUGGGUUAACGAGAACUACCCGUUGACUCCUCCUCUUGUCUUUGUGAUCCCUCCUGAUUCGAUGACUCCGGUUCGGACCAACCACCCAUUCGUCAGCUCAUCUGGUUUCACAAACUCUAACUACAUCGAGACUUGGGAGUACCCACCGUGCAAUCUCCUCAACUUCGUUCGAAACCUCAGGAGAGUUCUUGCUAAUGACCACCCGUUUGUUCAGACAGACUCCAUCCCGACCAGGACUCGGUCGGUUUCAAGACCCGAAGCUCUAGACAGGUUAGUCACGAGUCUCCACUACGACGUGUUGGCAAUCAUGUCAAGAUCAGAGGAAGAGAUUGAAAGCCUCUGGAGACUCCAGACAGAAGUGAAGCAAAGAUCAGAGUCCGUUAGAACGAUCAUCAGCGACCUUGAGACAGAGAGGGAGACACUUAAAGAGAAUGUUCUGAAGCUCGAAGAGGACACAGAUGUGUUGGCUAUAUGGGUGGAGAGGAACUAUCCCAAGCUGAUGAAAGCGACGUCCAAGGACGUGGGAGUCGAAGAGAUGUUUGAAAUGGAAGAAGAGAAGAAACUGUUGGUGGAGAGCUUGGCGGCAGAUAAGGCUAUUGAAGAUGUGCUGUGUAAUUUGGAAGAAGCUAGUAGAAGGGGAGAGAUGGAGAUUGGUUCGUAUCUGAAGCAUGUUAGAGUCUUGGCUAGAGAACAGUUCUUCUCGAGGCAUCAUCACCUAUAUAUGUAAAUACUAGGUGUUUUAUCCGCGAUGCGGGCUUAAACAUUUUCAUAAAUUUUUGAAAAGUUCUUUGUAUAUUAUACUAGUUAUAUUAUAUUUUCCAAAAAGAAUUCUUGCGAUCAAUUUAGUAUCAUCUAUG